AUGCACCCCGAUGAGAGGGAAGCUGUCAUCGACGACCUCAUGGCGUUCCAAGAGAGCAAGGAAUACUAUGCCAAGGUCGGCAAGGCAUGGAAGCACGGGUACCUCCUUUACGGACCGCCCGGCACCGGCAAGUCCACCAUGAUCGCCGCCAUGGCCAACUUCCUCAACUAUGACGUCUAUGACCUCGAGGUCACAGCGAUCAAGAACAACAACGAGUUGCGGAAGCUCUUCGUCGAGACAACAAGCAAGUCUACCAUCGACUGCUCCAUCGACCUCACUGGAAAACACCGCACGGACAAGAAGGCCUCAAGCAACAAGGACCCAGACAACAAUGACAAUCCCAAGCUACCGAUAGACCCGGAGAAGGACGAUGCCACCAAGGUGACGCCUUCAGGCCUGCUUAACUUCAUCGACGGGUUGUGGUCUGCUUGCGGAGGUGAAAGGACUAUCAUCUUCACCACCAACCACAAGGAGAAGCUAGACCCGGCGCUGAUCCGGCGGGGCAGGAUGGACAAACACAUCGAGAUGUCCUACUGCCGCUUUGAGGGCUUCAAGAGAACCUGA